AUGAAGAUUAUGGGCACAUAUAGGAUGUUCUUUUUCCUGUCCUUACUCUCAGGGUCAGUGUUUGGCCGCACUUUACAUCAGAGUCUUGAGAAAUCCAAUAAGAGACUCUCCUGGCCUUGUUCUGGCACUCCAGCUGGCAAACACAAACCUUCCUCAGUGCACUCACUGAGGCCUGAAGACAUCACAGUCUUCUCCGUCGUUGGACUCCCACACACACCAAGCAGUGUCAUAUCAGCAGUUAUAAGCAGCCUUCAGGAUGAGAUGUCCAUGUUCAGUCCUGAGUUUACCAGUGUGUUACCUGAUGAAUUUAACUCUGCACAAUCUAGUGGUCUGAUGAAUCAGGCUGAACAAGCAGUUUCCCUUCUGAUCACCCAACAGCCCUACAUAGCAGAGUCUGGCUGGACGCUAGUGAUUAUCUUCGUGCCAGUUGAUCGACAGUGUAUGUGUGCUGAGCAGGUCAUCAUUGUGAAGCAGGAAGUGGAUACUGCGCUACAAGUUCUGCACUCUCAACUGAAAAAGACCAUAGUCAGUGUUGUGCUCCAGGAUGCUGAACCUAACAGUGGGCACAACAGAAUGUGUCCUUGUCCACCACUAGACUCAGUUGAAGAGCUGCGGUUGACAGGUGCAAUUUAUUCACAUGUCCUUUUGGAAGAUUUAAAAGAGACGCUGAGAGAGAAAGACUGGUACAGCAGAGACGAUUUCACUGUACAGCUUCAGGAUGUUCCUCUGUUUUCAGAUGAGAAUUCUAACACUAACGAAUGGAUUUCAGAGGAGAAACUGAAUGACCAUCAGGCACACACACUCUUUCUGCAGCUCUGGGAAAACCUUCUCCAGCCAAACGCCAAGCAGGAAAUGCUGAACAACAUUGAUGUGCCCACAAUUCGCUGCCAAACUGAACAUCAACCGUUCCUCAGAACAGAGAAGAAUUCUCCAUCCGAAAUGAGUCCGUCAUCCAGAAGAGCUGUUCCAGCUGUUGAUGUAUUCGCCACUAAUAUGUCUUGUGAAGAUCUGAGUCCCUCCAACACAAUCCCCACCUCAGUGCAUGCAGUGAAGCCAGCUGAUAUCUCAGUGGUGGGAGCAGUUGGUGAUUCUCUAACGGCAGGGAAUGGUGUUGCAUCUACAGGCCUGUUGGAUGUGCUGACACAGUACAGAGGAUUAUCAUGGAGUAUUGGAGGAGACAACAACCUGUCUACGACCACUACACUUCCCAACAUCCUGCGUGUGUUUAAUCCGGAGCUUAGAGGAUUUUCGGUUGGAACUGGGAAACAGGACAGCGAACAGGCUUUCCUCAACCAGGCUGUGGCAGGAGCCAAGAGCUUUGACCUGCUGGGACAAGCUCAAAUACUGGUCAACAGGAUGAAGACCAAUGAUAGUAUCAAUUUCUAUUCGGACUGGAAGGUGAUCACCAUGUUCAUCGGAGGCAAUGAUUUCUGUGACUCCUGUGAAAAUCCACUACAUUACUCUCCGGAAAACUUUGUGAAGCACAUCCAGGAGGCUUUGGACUUCCUUCAUGCUGAGGUUCCUCGUGUGAUUGUUAAUCUGGUGGAGCCUCUUCACAUCACCCCACUGAGAGCCAUGCACCAGAACGCCACUCUGGGUUGCCCCACAUGGCUUGUGCGCAUCCUCUGUCCCUGUGUAGUUAUACCAGAAGAUGGAUCAGAAGCUUUGCAGGACCUGGAAGAUCGGAUCAGAGCUUAUCAGAGAGUGCUGAGAGAUUUGGUGGAGUCUGGCCGUUAUGACACACACUCGAACUUCACUGUGGUGUUGCAGCCUUUGCUUAGGGAUAUAGCAAUGCCAAUGCUGGAUGGACAUCCUGAUCGUUCAUUUUUCUCUCCUGAUUGUUUCCACCUCAGUCAGAAGGCUCACAUGAUCCUGGCUCGUGGUCUGUGGAACAACAUGAUGGAAGAGCUGGGGAAUAAAACCCACAAACAGAACUUCUCUCUAGGUCUCCAGGCUGAAUGUCCAUCAAAGACCUCACCCUUUCUUCAGACCUUUGUGAACAGCAAUUACAUGUACAAAAGCCCACUGCCGCCCCCACCUCCAAUUUCAAACUGGGGCAGUGAUUUCUCCUGCACUGACACCAAGCCAUCAAUCAACAUCCCCAACUCAGUUCAUCACCUGCGGCCUGCGGAUAUCAAGGUGAUUGCUGCCCUCGGAGACUCUGUUACAACUGCACUUGGCACAAAGUCACACAACUACACUCAGUUUCAUACAGAAUACAAGGGGGUGUCAUGGAGUAUUGGGGGUGAUCAUUCAUUAGACACUACUACAACACUACCAAACAUUCUGAGACAAUUUAACCCAUCACUACAGGGCUUCUCUACGGGACAUGGCAGGUCAGCGCAGGACGGCUUCAACAUGGCCGUGUCUGGAGCCACAGCCUCUGAUCUUGUAGCUCAGGCCAGCUUACUUAUUCAGGCCUUAAAAUCCAGUGAGAAUGUAGACUUCAAAAUGGACUGGAAGCUGAUUACUGUGCUUAUUGGGGUCAAUGAUUUAUGCCAGUAUUGUGUGGAUCAGAACAACCUGUCACCACAGAACUACAGUCAUCACCUCAUGAAGGCUUUGGAUCUGCUGUAUAAAGAGGUACCUCGUGUCCUUGUGAACGUUCUCACAAUUCCAGAAAUCGAGGUCUUGAGGAUGGGCAAAAAGAGUUUCUUAGGCUGCAGUUUUUUCCCCAGCGAUGUCUGUCCAUGCCUUAUGAGCCCAAAAGACAACUCAUCAGAGCUGGCAGAGCUAAAGUUCAUUAAUCAAGAAUAUCAGACCGAGAUAGAACAGCUAAUAUCCGGGGAACGUUACGAUAGCCGUGAAGAUUUCACAGUUGUCCUUCAGCCUUAUCUUCAAAAUACAACCAUUCCUUUAGAUAAAGAUGGAAAUUCUGAUCUAAGUUACUUUACAUUAGACUGCUUCCAUCUUAGUGAGCGGGCACAAGCUGAGAUGGCUAUUUCCCUUUGGAAUAACAUGUUGGAGCCAGUGGGAAAUAAGCAGACCUUCAACAACUUUACUUACGAUCGCACAAAACUUAGGUGUCCAUCAGAGACUCUCAGACCGUUCAUUUAUACCAAGAUGAACAGCCACCCUGAUUACUUCACAACUCCGGAGCCAACAUCUCCAAGCACCCCACCUCCCUGCCCCAACGGUGUACCAGUGUGGGUGCCAGCCAUAUUUGGGGUCAUAGGUUUACUCCUUGGAUGGGGGGUCACGUGGCUAUUUAUGCGCCGGUGGAUUAAGAAGCAGAAGAGUAAAGACAAAGUGAAGGAAAAGGAAACAGAGAUGAAGAAAACAAGCUUUUAG